GGCCAGUUAUCACGUGAGUAGGGCCGACAUGGGGAUCAUGCCUCAGGCUGUAAGAGUGGGGCGCGCACCCACAGGUUGGCCCACCAACCCCCAAAUGUAAACACGUCCCCAGCCUCCUCCAACCUCCCCAUUUCUCGAUAGACCUGAUCACUCUUUGGUCUGACUCUGCCAGACACUACGACCUUUGUCACCCUACUCCCACAUCUUCUUCCCUCACCUAUUCCUUCUGUCAGCCAUCUAGAUUAGCUUGACCUUCACUUGAGUCGAGGAACUUGUCUUGAGCCGCGUGCUCUUGACCGCUCCGAUCACCCAUAAUGGCUCCCGUCCAGCCAGUGGGGGGGUUCCCCGACAUCCCCGUCAUGUCAGUUGAGGUUCGAGAUGCAGCUCAGAACAUUCCAGCCCAAGCUUCAUCAUCUAUCAAUUUGAACUCCCUUAUCACUCGAGCCGACUCCUCCUCCGCAGCAACUACGAAGAUAAACUAUGGCCAAGGCACAGUUGAUCCGAAAAGCAUUAAGAUGCAAGGCCUAAUGGCUUUGUUUGCGCUUAUCGGUGCCGCAUUCGUGCUGGGUGGAAUUUGGUUCUUUUUCUGGGCCAAGAAUGGUGGAUUCGUCUGGCGCAAGGGUGAUUGGGAAGAUUACAAAUCGACCGUGCUACGACGAAAAGGACCUGAUGGACGAACGCUCAGUAACGCCACUAAGAGUACCAAGCUGGGCGGCGGUAGUGUUGUCGGCUACAGCGAUAGUGGGUACACUUACGAUGAGACUGCCACCUACACCGAGACUGCCACGACAAUCAGUGACGAGAAGCCGCAGAAGAAGAAGCGUAAUUUCCGGGAGAAGCUACUCCGCCGCCACAAGGACGAGCGAUGGGAAGGCGAGGCAGACGAUGACAUGCGCGCUUAUCGCGAGGAGAAGCCUGCGCGCAUUGGUGGUAUGAAUCGGGAAGCGGAUGGUACCUACCAUGGCAGUGAUUAUGAUUCUUCCGCUCCUCCCACACACUACAACCGCAGCGACAUGAGCGAAGUCCGUGACUACGCCUAUGAAAAGCCGCGUCGCUCUCGCCGCCGCGACCCCUCGGGCUUCUCCUUCACUGCUGGCAGUGAAGACGUCUUGAGUCAGACCACCGAGGAACACCAUCUUCGCGAUCCCUCCACUCGUCGCCCUACUCGCCGACGUGACCGUGAGCGCCGCCAAAGUGCCGCUCCUCCAUCUGCCCCGUCAUCUCGCACCAGCAGCCCUCGCAAGAAGGAUCCUCGCUCCAUGCCGGGUGGAUACACCGAGCCUCUUGAUUUUGCAUCCGCCGGCUCUCGCUCGGAGUACCAAUAUUCCAAUGUUGAUACCGAGGAUUCAAACGGCACCAAGAGCUAUCACCACCCAAUCCCAGGCUUGACCAAGGGCUACCGCCGUGAUGGCCACGGUCGCCGCCGUCGUGACAGUCUAAGUGAUAGUGAUGUUGAUGAGUAAUCUUGCUCGACGUUUGUCUUUUUUUUUUCUUUCUUUCUCUGUUACAACUUGACGAACAUUACUCGAUUGGUUGAUAUUAGUAUUUGCUGCACAAGGAAUAUGGGAUUUAUGGGUUUAAGCGUCUACAACGUGUAGAAGUAUGGAACUGCUUGGAAAUUGGGAAAUGCUUGUACAUAACGAACGGAAUUCAUGAUGGAUACGAUAUGGAAUUGAAUGGGAACUUGCAAUUGGUCAUUUUGAGUCUCACAUACUUAUUUC